AUGGCGGCUGCUGGGGGUCCUUCGAGUAUUAUAACCCAGGUGCAGCAGGCGGGUGGCCCACCGAUGAAUACGCUUGGAGAUAUAAACGGAGAUGAGCAUAUUACACUUGAUCUCAGAGGAGCUCGAUUCACUCUUUCUAGAGAUGAACUUCUGACCUUGCCGGAGUUCGUCUUGCUGUCUCUUUUCCCUAAUGGACUUCUUCCCGACGGGCACAUGGGAUUCGCAGAAGGUGACGUCUAUCCAGUUGAUUAUGACCCGACAUGCCUGCAGUAUAUGUUGGACUUCUUCCGUUCUGUCGCCCAAUCAAUUCCGUCUUCGCCUUCCGUUCCGACAUCGCCAGAUUUGGACAUGUCGCCCGAGUCAAUGCAGGGAUCUGCUAGGGACAUGCUUCAGGACCGGGCCGGUAUCAUCGUUCUUCGCGAGGAUCUUGAUUUCUACGUGAUACCUCCGCGACCAGAUGUGGAGCAUCCGGAGAUGAUCCAGAUCAAGCGAGCUGCUGGAAAGGAAUUAUUGAAUCAGGAUGGUAUAUUUUCUGGUUUGAGAAAAAGCGACGAACCAGGCUCAACAGAACAACAUCUCAUUGAGAUGCUGACUGCCGGUGGUUUCGAACGUGAUGAUCGUUGGGGGCACCGAGCUCAAGAGCCCAACAGGGCUGUAAUUUGCAGCCUUGCGCUCGCGAAACUACGGACCGACAUAAAGGGAGAUAUAUCUAAUAGUAAUGCUGUGGGGAUGGCGCAGAAGCUUCUCUUGUUCUGGAGGAAGCCGGCCAGAAGAUGCUGGUGGGAGGGUGUUGAGCUGACGAAUGUCGAGGGUGUUGAAGGAAAACUUAAAGUAUGGAUUCGGAGAGUGUGGACGCUAGAAAUGAGCGUUAUUGGUCUGCGGUAG